GGCGACCUCAGCUUCUCUGAUGUCAUUUUGCGCCCCGCCUCCUCCGAAGCUUAUCGCCGUGCCCCGCAGUGUUUUCCGUUAGUAGUCAUGGCUAAGCUGAUCGCAGUGUUCGGGAUCCUCGCUCUGGUGUCUGCUGCGGCGGCGGCCACCGGUCAGAGCAGGCUGGUGGGCGCUCCGAUAGAGGCUUCCGAGAAUGAUGCGGACGUCCAGCGGGCUCUGGUGUUUGCGGUGAAUGAGUAUAACAAGAGAACCAAUGAUAUGUUCGUCAGCAGAGUGGCUAAGAUUAAUCACGUCCAGAAGCAGGUGGGUACUGAAGGGGUGAGCAGGUGAUGGGGUGAUCAGGGGGAGAAAAUGUAAAAUUCCCUUUAUUUUUUAUUAUUUUGAAUAAUCUGAGUCAUGGGAUUCUACUUUGGAACUCACAUGAUCAGAAUAACAUUACAGAGAUGACUGGGUGCAAACCACUCCUAGCAGACAGGGAAAUGGUAUGGAAUUGAGUGAUUUUAUAAUUUUAAGGACAAAACAGUCACACUAAAACCAUAGUUGACUUGAUUACUCUUUUUACAGUUUUUUUUUUUUUUUUUUUUUAUAAGAAUAAUGUGAAAUUCACCUUAAAUUCCUCUUAACUCCUUAGCAAAUGUUGCUUAUCAUAACACUUUUUUUUUUUUUUUUGUUAGGGUUGUUGGCCCUCAAUUUGCAUCUGAACCCACGUUUCAUUUUUUGUAAUGCUUAGUUUUACUUUUAUAAACGGAUUACCCAUGUAAACUAUACGUGUCUUUGUGUGACACUGUCCGAUGUUGGGUUUAAGCUUAUUUGUAAAGGUCUCUGCCAGUUGAAUAGUUUUGCAGUGGCAGCCUCCUGUGUUUUAGAAUGCAGUUCUACCCUUAAAAACAACAAACCUGUAUUUUGUAUCUCUCUUUCUCACCCCCCGCCCUUGUCUUUGGCAGCACUGAUUCAUAGGAUAAUCCCUGCCCCGCCUAAUUGGCCAGGAAAGUAUAUAACCUCUCUUCCCUUAGACGCCCUCAGUUUCAUACAAAGCCUGUCCACAUGGUAGGGAUGUAGUGUUGCUGUGGCCUAUUAGGAGAAAUAACAACAUUUUGGAAAAGUAAUGAUACAUUUCCAUGGGCAUGUUCACAGCAGCCCUGUUAGACUGUACGGACUCAACAGUCCAACCAGGGAAGGAGAAUAAAAAAGAAAAAAUGCUAGAAGAAAGACCUUUAGAAAAUAAACACCAUAAAUUUAAGAUAAAGCUGAACGCAGAACUUUGAAGCCAAAUUCAUAAUUUACUCUGUCACGGGCAUCUAUCUUAUGAAGGUAUUUUUCGAAGACCAUGGAGUGUUACAUAUUUGGUCUGCUCAUACUUCGGCCGCCGCCGCCCAAGAAAUCACUCUAAUAGAGUGGAGGUGUUAGAGAACCGGAUGCUCGGUGUGCUUCCAUGUUGGCUCGAACAAUUCAUCUGCUGGUGGUAGCCUUAGAAGCUGCUUGUCCCUUCUUAUUUGCAACGGUGUUAACAAAGUCAGGAGGGCUUUAUCUAAAUCUAGUUAUGUGAGCAUUAAUUCCAAAUAGUGCCAGAUAUUUGGGAACAGUCUUCAUAAUCACGCUUUCCUCUGAAGGAUUGAAUUUUUGAAACUCUACUUUCUAAAGCUAGAGCAACCACAAGGGUGGACUUUAUAGAAAGGAUAUAGAGAGAACUAAAAUCCAGAGGUUCAAACAGCGAACUAUCCAAAGCUCUGAGAACCAAAGGCAAAUUUCAAGGAGGCAAAGUAGGCAUAAUUGGCGCCUGGAUCUUAAACACUGCAGUAAGGAAGUGGGAUACAGGUAUAUCUUAAUUCGAGACCCAUUUGAUGCCAGUCAUAGCAGACAUAACAGAGACUUGAACUUUUAAGGAUUUCAGGUUCUGGCCCAUAGGCCUCUUUGUAGAAACUCCAGAGGUAUUGUCAGACACCCCUACUGUCUCUGCCCAUUCACAGAAAACACUUCAGAUUCUUAGUUUUUAUGCAAGGUAGAUACCAGGAAGAGGGAAAACCCUUUAGCUUUUUCCAUGCCAUUAAAUGGAAGUGUUGCUGAUCCUGCACUUCUUCCCUGUGAAUCAGUUUCAACAAAGGGAAGAUCAGGAGAAAUGGAGGGAAUAUUCAAAAUUAAGUCUCAACCUCUGUUUAGUGGCUAUGUGUGGGGUUUUUUUUUUGUUUUUUGUUUUUCAUUAAUUUCAAAUCUUUUGGGUUCAAGGAUUACUCUUUUAAAUCCACCUGGUUCUACAUAUCUAGCUGGUAAACUGCUAAUGGUGCCUCUGACCCCUUUUUCAUUAUAGGAGAUGAAAUAUUAGCAGCCUUUCUGUUGGUGCGUCCUUGUUUAUGUAGGUCACGAAUGUAGGGCUGUCCACUCUCACUUGGACCCAAUGACCUUCCAGAAGAGGAUUGAAAUGGGGGGGGGGCUAAGAGAAAUGCUUGUAGCUUCAGAAGAUUUAACGGAGUCCCUUGUCUCGGAUGGAACUAUUUCCCCUUGGAGAAAUAUGCUCCCCAGAUGGGAACUCCAGCCUCUACAACUGCUUUUGUUGGGGAAACCAUCAACUUGUAUUGAUUCAUUCAACCACUACUGUAAUGCAAUUUUAUUUUUGGAAGAAAGACAGUUGAGCUGAUUCAGAGGCUCAUGCUGGAACUGGUCCAUGAACUUGUGGAACCCUCUUGUCACUGAGACAAUCUCACUAUGCCAGUAGUAAAUGAGAUGCUGGAAUUGAUUGGAUGUAGAAAGAGUUUGAUUCUCUGAUGCAUUUUCUAGAAUUCUUAACUUUGGAUAUAAUGUAGAUAUUGCACACCUCUUCAGUUUUGCUCCAUUCUUGCUGGAGAAGCUGGGUAAUAUUGUGAAGCGGGAAGGUGAUUUAUUUAUUUUAUUUUUAUUUUUUUGAGGAUCAUGAGAAAUGCCAGCUGAAAGAUUUUUUUUUUUUAAUUUGUUUUUUUUUUUUUUUUUAGCUCUAAUGGCUAAGGAAUAUCCUCAGUGCCCUAAUCAGAUGGUUCACUUUCUGUGGUUCCAUGUAUUCUUUAGAGAGGAAAUGGUCUACUUCAGAAUGAGCCCAACCAUUUGUCCCAAAUUCUGAUCCUCUUCAGAGCGGAAAAAAUUGAUGUGCACCAUGGCCUUCAGACCAGCUGUCUGAUAUAGUGCAAGGCAUUAGGGCCUGCAGCUGCUCUCUGCUCUCUCGCGCUGUCUAAUGCCGGGAGCCGGGAUAUGACGUAAUGCCGGCGCGGCAUCAUUUCAGAGAGGAGCUACAGGCAGAGUACUUCUUUCGCACACCGGAAGAGAGCAGCCCCACUGGACCCCAGGGAAAGACCCACUCAGCACUCCCCUAAGGAAGGGAGGCUGAGUGGGUUUCAAUUAAAAUAAAAAUUUUAAGUGUGUGUGAGCCAGCACAGGGCUGGCUUUAGGCCAUUAUGUGCCCUGUGCGAAAAGUCUUCACGAUGCCCCACCCCCCUCCAUCCUCCCUAGUCAUGCACCUGUGUAUAUAUGUGUGUAGGUUAGUAUAGGUGAUUUAUUAAAUUUUAAAAAGAUUUAAAAACAAAUCUUAAUUCCUCCUUCCCUGUUAACUUGCAGUGAGGAGUGAAUGAAGAUCUCUGGUUUUCCAGUGUGCUGGAAAUCUGGGCUGUCACUUCACCGGUUGCAGACUAUAAGUAACUCUCAUUGGCUCAGGCAUUUACAGUGUCAGAGCUAUCCUCUGGUAAUCCGCAGCAACGCACUGAUUGGUUGGAGUUCAGAAGACAACUACUUAUGGUGCAGGCCAGAGGUGCCAGACUGCCUCUGCUUCAUUAGAGGGGCAGACUAAGUAUGUCACAUAAUACUGUGACAUUUGGUUACAGGCACACCUCCAUGGCUGAGAUUAUCAAUCUUUAUGAUCUCAUCUAAGCCAAUGCUUUCCUUUAGGAAAGCAUUGGGAGGAUUUUGUGCUUGCGCAGCAAAUGUGCCAAUCCGCAUCUCCUCAAAGAGAUGCAUUAAAUUAAUGAAUCUCUAUAAGGAACAUUCAGCGCCUCCAUGUAGAGCUUGGAAACGCUAAACCUGGGUGCUGACAAUGGUGCAGCAGUGACCCAGGACUCUCUAGUGGCCGUCUGAGUGUCACUAGAGGUGUUACUAAGCAGCAAUGUAAACACUGUCUUUUCGCAGAAAAGGUAGUGUUUACACUGAAAAGCCUGCAGGGACAAGCUAUAGACACCAGAACAACAUCAAGCUGUUGUUGAAAAUGACUGUCAACUGUUGAAAAAAAUUUGUCAAGCCCUGCAUUAGGGGAAGGUGCCGCUUGGCUACAAGGGAGGUAUAAUUUUCUUCCUUCCAGACCUUUUUGGAUUGCAUGCUUUGCAUAUAUUGUUAAUUUUUAUUUAUUUUAAUUUUCUGCUACCUCUGAGUGACAAACCACAAUCGUGCAGAUUUUUUAAAAAACAGCAUUUUAGGACCAAAAUACACCCUUUUUUAAUUGUAUUUUAUUUUAAUGCAAAAAACAAAGUGGCUUACCUUACUGUUUAAUCUUGCUGCCAAAUCCAUCCUGAGCAGGCUGAAAGAAAAGAAUAAGAACAGUAUCCCUGUCCAAAAUAUUUAAAAUCCAAGUAAAGAACUAAGCAUAUUUACCUGCAGAAGGUCAGAAACAAAAAUACCAAACAGAAUAAAAAUUAGCUGCACACUGAGGAAGAAGGAAGAUGAUGCAUAUUAUUUAUUUUAAAUGUGGGACUAAACCUGUGACAUUACGCUGGCAUCUUUUGGCCCAACUGCACGUGUGCCACUUGCAGAUGGUGCCCUGCAACCAAUGCAUGGAUAAAGGGUCUUGGAAUGUCCAGUCUCCUUAGGAAUAUAAAUGUUGUUGAUCCAAGACUGAAGGAGAGGAUGAAACAAGAUCUUGCUAUGCCAUCCAUGGUGCAAUCCCAAGUGUCUGCAGCAAACGGGGCCUGGGCACGUAAGGGGGCUCUUCUGUGUUGUCACGCUUGAAUGAGGACCAUGUACUGGACCUUUCACAUGGGAAGUCUAAACUUCCCUGUGCCAAGGAGACCUGCAACACGUAAGGUGAGCCAAAAGAAAACAUUCACUAUCCAACAGGGGGAAAAGGAAGAGAAAUAUUUUAUACUUUAAAUUCCUGUCUAGUUGAUAAGGUCAGAUCUAACUCUGACAUUGCUUGAAAAACAACUUUAUUUUUGGCGUUUUUUCUCUGCAUAUUUUGUUCAACUUGUGCAUGAGUGAUACAUUCUCACUAGUGAGAACUAACUCUCUACUGUUAUGUUACUGUUCUAUAUUUCACAUUGGCUGCUCGGUAACCUUUUUUUUUUUUUUUUUUUUUUUUUUUUUUUUUUUUUUUUUUUUUUUUUUUUUUUUGUCUUGCUCUUUCUUUUUAAUAGGUUGUAUCUGGAAUUAACAUCAUAUUUGACGUUGACUUUUCCCGUACUCUGUGCAGAAAGCCAAAAGCUGAUGUUGAACAGUGUGAAUUUCAUGCGGAACCUGACUUGGCCAAGGUACUCUACUACCCCACCCCCACCCAAUUUCAUGACUGUCUUUGGGAAAACAUGCAGCUAAAACUGAUAAAAUCCUGAAAUAUAUCAAGAACCUUUAAUAUUAGAGAUUUAAAGUUAGAAGUGGCUAAAUAUUAUCUCUUCAGAUUCCACAAUGAACAAACGGCUUAGUCCAAUUAAAUGUUCUCUCCCUUUGCAGGAUUACUGUUUGACGGUACUUGGCAUUUGAAUAGUGCGGGGAAAAAAAUCCAUUAUUACGGGACACAAUUGGACUUUUAUAGCCCAAACUAAUGCUUACUGUAAUUGGGGGUGGGGGAUGUAUGUGCUGUAAUCUCUUGAUGCACCUAAAUCUGUCUUGUAAUGCAAAUGGAGCACAGUCACAGAAAAUAUACAUGGAUGCCUUAACCUUAAAUAUUGUAUCCUUCUUAGAUUCUGGUCACCAUGGAAUGAUACAGAAGGCCAGGGGAUAUAUUCUUUAUUAAACUCCUGCUUUCAAGCACGAGCCAUGGGGAGCUGGCCAAGCAUCUGUUAUGUUAAAGUCUGGUUACUAGAGAUUUUUUAAUUUUUUUUAUAAGACAGGAUUGUGUUCCUUACAAAGUAUUUGAGGUUGCUGUUUAGGAAACUUCAUCUGAAUAAGUUUAAAGGGACACUAUAGUCACCCAGACCACUUCAGCUCAAUGAAGUGGUCUGGGUGUCAGGUCCCUCUAGGAUUAACCCUGCCUGAUGUAAACAUAGCAGUUUCAGAGAAACUGCUAUAUUUACGUCUGGGGUUAAGCCAGCCUCUAGUAGCUGUCUUCCGGACAGCCACUAGAGGCGCAUCGGCAAUGAUUGAGGCAUAUUAUGCCUCAAUCACGCCGAGCAUCCAUAGGAAAGCAUUGAAAAAUCCUUUCCUACGGGCACUUUGAAUGCGCGCGCAGCAGUGCUGCGCAUUCGGCGCCAGUGACGGCGGAGGAGUAGAGGUAAGGGAGCCCGGCGGGGGAAAAGGGUGAGUAGCUAAAGUGGUAUUAACCCCUUCAGUGCCGCGGGAGGGGGACCCUGAGGGUACUAUAGUGUCAGGUUUUCCUAACACUAUAGUGUCCCUUUAACUGUCAUUCUAGUUUACUGAUAAAAGGAACUUUUGUUUUAUCCUCUUAAGCAUUCCUCAGUAUUUCUAUUCUACUACAGUUAACUUGAAACCCUUCUGGCUAUAUUCUCCUCAACAUGCUACACUUUUGUCCGUUUUCGUAAUGCAAACUCUCUAUUGGAUUCCUAUUUUACAAUGCUUAAAGGGAAACUAUAAAAACCCCUUUCUGUCAUUUACUUGAUUCUUGUGCCAAUGUCCCUCAGUGCUGGUUCAGGCUCCGCCUCCGCUCCACUAUGACCUAAUGCCUUCCAAUGGGGUUUCGGGUGACGCUGGGUGUCCUCAUGCAUAGGGUGAGGACGUCCAGCGGGCGAAAAUCGCAUAACCUUGCAGAGGUACCUCUAGUGCCACUAGAGGUGGAGUUAAGCUUUCAAGGCAAACUUUGCAGUUUAUCAAAAACUGCAAUAAUUACCAUUGCAAGGCUAAGGGACCUGGGACACUGCACCUAGACCACUUGAGUGAGCUGAUGUAGUCUGGGUGCCUAUCGUGUUCCUUAAUUAUCAGAUUAUUUUUUUUUAUUAUACACACAUUCAUCCUGUCUGCUCCCUUAACGGACACCAAUUCAAUGUGUCAACACACAGUUGUUGAGAUACAACAAGGCUCUUUCACCUUGUUACUCUCCAAUAUGACUGCUCCUAUCCUGGCUGAAUUCUAAAGCUUACUUACUAAUGGUGGCUCUUGUUCUGCACUGCCCCUCUGUGCAAGUACAAAGUUUUGUUGUGCUCUAGUAAUGAUAGUGAUGUGUUGCCCUCUAUUUACAGUACAGUUCAAAUAACUUUAUAUAUUUUCCUUUCUUCCCAUUUGUAGACUGUCAAAUGCUCCUUUGUGGUUUAUUAUGUCCCUUGGACAGGGCACACUGAAGUGACAUGGAAACAAUGCAGUUAAGUCUUCCACUGGCCCAGCAUCGCCCCGCGCAUGAGGUUUAACUACACUUGACUGAUACAGCAAUAUAUUCUGAUUAGUACAUACAUUUUAAAUUGUUUUAACCUUAGCAGGGAGUGUUUUAAUCUAGUAUACUUUUCCUUUUUACUUCUAAUAAAAAGCAAUUAACAAGUGUUUUGUCUCAUUCUCGUAAAAACUUUUUUUUGGGGGGGGGGGGGGGGGGG